AUGGCAAAGUGCCUCGCCGUCGCCCUCCUGCUGCUGCUGGUGCUCGCGUACUGCGACGGGAGGGAGCUAAACCAGAAGGACCAGGCACUCGCAACGGCACGCGGUGCCGGGGCCGCCGGUGGUGGCGUCGGCGAGGAGAAGAUUUUGGGGUUGCCUGACCUGCCGCCUGUGGGAACCGUUACCGGUACCAGCACCACUAACGGCCCGCUGGUGGCGCUUCCUGCCCUUCCCGGGAUCCCUGCUCACCCAUGA